AGUUGUCGGUUGGUUGUAAACAAAAAUGCACGUGCGUUUUUUCUUGUUUGAGUUUUUCAAGUGAAUAUUUCUUUUGCAAAAAGGAGGUUUUCUUGUGCAAAUAGUGCAUUUAUUAUUACUACAUUUUCUUACGUGCCAUUUAAAGAAGCAAAUCUUGUGAAAAUGUUUGUGGAAGAGAGUGAAAAGAUGCUGGAAUCGUGCUUGCUUCCGCAGUCGGUUUUCGACAUUACUGAGCGUCCUAUCGAAGCGGCUCAUUUCACUGAAUACAGGAAGCACCUGGAAUAUCUCCUGCCGAAUCUCUUUGAUGUAAUAAGCUCUAGGGAAAUUGAGCUGUUUGAGGCUGUGCCUGAAACUCAGAAAUUCCGGAAACUCUUUGUGGAAUUUGUCUGCGAACAAACUGGUGAUUGCGAUUUCUUCCGGACGGAAGUUGAGGCUCUGAGGAGGAAUCUUGAGGGUUUUCAGGGAAAGAUCAAGAAAAUGUUAAAUGAUGAUGAAAAGUUGAAGAGGGAAAUGAUGUUAUUGUACAAAUCCAAGUUGAUUGGGGAGGAAUGGAAGAGAAAUUUUGGAGCAAUUCAUGGAUUUCUUCAGUUCUGCAGGAUUUUGUACAGCAAUCAAAGAGAUUCCUUGGACUUGGAUCAAGGGAUGUUCAUUCUGUCUAUUGGAACGCAAUUUCUGGAGAAUGUCGAUCCAGCUUUCAAGCUCCAAGGCCUGAAAUUGCUCAGUCUUUUGCUUGAGUGCAUGGAUGAGGAUUUGCUGAGAGAGACAAAUACCCAUGAAGUCAUUUACACUCAAAUGAGAGAAAAUGUAGAGAAGAUCCUGGAUCAGGAAUGCACCCAAGAAAUUUGGAAGUGCAUCUGGUUAGCUGUGAAGUUAGACAAAAGGCUGUCGAAUGAUCUCGAGUGGAACAAAAUCGAUGAUUGCCUUCAGACUCUCAUUUACAAACUCAAAACGGAGAGCAAUCCCGGAACAAGGAGAUUCCUCCAAGAAAUCUUGCUCCAAUUCGUGUCAUUUACAGUCUCUGAUAGAGAAAGUUUUGAGGUCAGUUGGAACUCAGAGAAUAAUCACAAGCUUCUCAAUGACCUGAAAUUGAAGAGUAUUACAUUUGAUAACAUUAAGUGUUAUCGCUGGACAAAGAGUCUACUGGAUAUGUUUGUUGGUCAAUUCCUCACAAUUGUCAGCAGCCGAGAAGAAGCGAUAAGAACCAUUCGAUUUGUCCAUUUGGCCUAUCUUUUGACAAUAUCAACAAUUCAACGACAACUUCUGGAUGAAGCCCUUGCAGAAUUCAUCAAGAGAAUUGUUCCAAUUAGCGCAGAAAUUUGCAACAAUUAUCGAAAUGUCGAUAGCAGUGUACAAGAGGAAAUAUUGAGCUUCCUGCAAACAGUGCAUCGUCAAAGUCAAGAGAAACCAAAUGGCAACAACUGCUUUAUCGCUUUGGGGAGAUUCCUGUCACAUGCAGCUGCUUAAAGGUCACCAUAAACAAGGUAAGAGUUCCUCUCAGUAUUUAAUCCUAAAAGCCGGAAAGAAUUUAAUAUUAAAUGGAUAGAGUAUCAAUUUUUUGCAAGA